AUGCCCAACUUGAUGCUAUUCAUCACUACCCCAAACUCCGAACAUGGCCACCAUCUUGACUGCAAGUUUACAUCCCGAUGCACACACAUUGAUCAUCUACCAUUUGCCGUCUUGAACAUCAGGGCAGUUGGUUGGAGAAGCUCUCCCCCUUUCCGCCCCAGGCUUACCAUUCAUACACCCCCUUCGCCGUUCCUCCGGGAUUGGCAACAGAAACUCAGAGCAUAUGGCUAUGCUGGUCUGUACAGCACAAGCGAAGAGCUCCGUGCCGUGUCCGUGCCAUCCGAGGCUGGCCCAUUGGCGCGAUCUCACCAAACAAAGGCCUCAAGGGAAAUAAAAGCUAAGGCCACGUCCAUGUCACUGCUGGACCCUACCUACGUAAUUGAAGUGCUCCCCCCCUGGUCCGGACUCCGAACGCGAAACGUUGUUGCGCUGAGUUUAGCUGCCGCUCUAUGCGGAGCGGAGAGGAGCGGAGGCACAUGGUCCAGACAGGCUAAUGUAGGGCCUAGGACGCCGACAUACAAGCGUGAAAAGACCAGCGUUACAAAUUGGAGAGUGAGGGAGGGCAGGUAA